CAGAUGUCUCAGGUUCUGGAUGCCAUGUUUGAAAAGCUGGUUGAAGGAGGAGAGCACGUCAUUGAUCAAGGCGACGACGGGGACAACUUCUAUGUAAUCGAUGAAGGGACUUACAACAUCGUCGUGAAUUGCGACGGUGUCGGAAGAUGCGUUGGCACCUAUGACAACCGAGGGAGUUUUGGCGAAUUGGCUUUAAUGUACAACACACCUCGAGCGGCUACUAUCAUUGCUACCUCUCCUGGCACCAUUUGGGGUUUGGACAGAGUAACAUUUCGAAGAAUCAUUGUGAAAAACAACGCGAAAAAGAGAAGAAUGUACGAAAAUUUCAUUGAGUCGUUGCCCUUCCUUAAAUCUUUAGAACUUUCUGAACGUUUGAAAGUGGUGGACGUGAUAGGUACCAAAAUAUAUAAAGACGGGGAACAAAUAAUUGUUCAGGGAGACACGGCGGACAGUUUCUAUAUUGUCGAAUCUGGAGAAGUGAAAAUUACGAUGAAAAGAAAGGGCAAACAAGACAUAGAUGGAAACGAAGCGGUGGAAAUCGCCCGCUAUACCAGAGGGCAGUAUUUUGGCGAAUUGGCGCUUGUAACGAACAAACCUCGAGCUGCUUCGGCCUUCGCCCUUGGCACCGUCAAGUGCUUAA